GUAUCCGGCCCACCUCUUACAGUCACGAAAUGUUUCGGGAUGCUGUUAGCAGCUGGACGCAAUUUACGGCAUAGUGACAUGCAAUUACUUGAGCUUGAAAGCAUGGGACCUGGCGCCAAUCCAUCUGUUUAUGUGAUAAACGCCAUUUGGGAUCCUCGUGUACAUAUAUUUGAUGUGUUGAACACUGAGACUCCCAGAGGUAUUGAAGCUUUCUUUGCUGGACCUGCAUAG